AUGAAUACAAACGGCCGAGGCGCUCCAGACAGCUCCCAAUCCCAAGCUCGGUCAACCCAUGUCGACAAUGCCCCCAACUUGCCCGCGCCGAUCUCCGAUUUCAAAAUCCGCCUCGAGCUCUUUUCCACCAAGAUACCCAACUUUUACGUAGCACCUCUCUGCGGAGCCAGUGCUGGCAUGGCUUCUGGGAUUGUCACAUGCCCUCUUGAUGUUAUCAAAACGAAGCUUCAAGCCCAGGGCGGGUUUCGGCGGGGAGCAAAGCAAGUUGCCUCGGGGAUGCUAUAUCGUGGCUUGCUUGGAAGCGGAAGGAAGAUUUGGCGAGAAGAUGGCAUUCGCGGUCUCUACCAGGGACUAGGUCCAAUGUUGCUGGGAUAUCUCCCCACGUGGGCUGUUUAUCUAGCAGUCUAUGACCGUGCUCGUGAAUACUUCUAUGACAAGACAGGAAACUGGUGGUUAUCCCGCGGCUAUGCUUCGGUCACGGCCGGUGCAUGUUCAACGGUUGUGACGAACCCUAUUUGGGUCAUCAAAACUAGGCUCAUGUCACAAAGCAUUAAACAAAACAGCGAAGGAGUGCGAGCCCCUUGGCAAUACAAAGGCACAUGGGAUGCUGCUCGAAAGAUGUAUCAAAUUGAGGGCCUUCGCUCCUUCUAUUCUGGCCUCACCCCGGCUCUGCUGGGACUGACACAUGUGGCCAUUCAAUUCCCACUUUACGAAUAUCUAAAAAUGACGUUCACGGGCUCUGGUAUCGGUGAACACCAGGAGGAUGGGAGCUCACACUGGGCUGGAAUAUCCGCUGCCACUUUCCUCAGCAAGAUCUGUGCCAGCACAAUCACGUACCCGCACGAGGUUUUGCGGACACGACUCCAAACACAGCAACGGGGUGUUCCGGCGCAAUCCCACGAAGAGAUCGCAUUCCGCGGCGGAUUGAAACAUCCACAUGACCGCGGCCGGUCGGGUGGCAUAUCCUCGUCAGAUGGAAUGCCCAGCCGCCCACGGUACAAUGGCGUUAUACGCACGUUCCAAACAAUCCUCAAGGAGGAGGGAUGGCAUGCGUUUUACUCAGGGAUCGGCGUCAACCUAUUCCGGGCCGUUCCGGCUGCUAUGACCACCAUGCUCACCUACGAAUACCUGCGGCGGCAGAUCGGUGAUUUGCAGCAUGCCGGUGCUCUGAGGCUCCAGGCGGAAGAAGAAGCUGCGCGAUCUAUUUGA